ACGGCAUGGGUCAAGACUAGAGCAGUCGAACCAGAGAGGUACAGACGCAGCCAUCUGUAAAUUGCUGCCGCCAGGACCUCGACAUAGAACCCUCAAGAGCAAGAUGUUUCCCUUCUUCCAACGGUCUCGGGGAGAUCCAUGGCAGAAGGUCGGCUUUGCAUCUACAUUUCCCGAUCUCAGUCUUGAUAAAGAUUGCUCUAAAAUCACACCGGGCUGCAAGGCAUUCCACAUCCCCAAAGCAGAUGGGUCCUCGAGUGCCGAUGGCCCCGAAGAAGCCAACCUGGAGUCACCUGGAGAUAUGAAAGACCAGGUCCUGGUGUUCCAAUAUAAGGGGAAAUUCCAUGCUGUUGAUCAUUCAUGUCCCCAUUCAUCUUUCCCGCUUUCACAAGCGAGUAUUUUCGACAUUGAGGAUUUUGGCAUCACUCUGAGUGCUGGGUUGACCUGUCCGAAGCAUGAGUGGUCCUUUGAUCUCUUUUCGGGACAAGGUGAUCGUGGCAACUAUAAGCUAAAGAUUUGGGAGGUGGAAUUACGUGAACCAUCGGCAUCAAGUGAUAAUGUCUCAGAACGCGACAAGGAGGUAUGGGUGAGGCGAAAGCAGCGCAUUGGAUAAUGCGACUAUCUGCCCGGGUUCUGACUGGGAUUUUCUAUGAAAUGUGGACUGUUGGAAACUUUGAUGAUAUUGAUAGAAAGUGUGUACGUAUAUAGAGCGACAGCUAUGAAAUUAAGUCUGGAUAAUUCAAGAUGAG